GAGGUCAGGAUAUUUGGUCCUCUCGCUCAGAAUGCAUAUAUAGCAUCGAGAAAUCCUCGUCUCAUCAUUUCUUCUCUCCAUCCUUCCAACAGUAGCUUCAAAGAUAUCAGAUUUCUCAGUCAGCUCACAACAAAAACCUAGCACGCAUACUGAUAUCUGGAGAGGAUCAACAGCAAAAGUCAACUCAACCCAAAAACUCAACUGAAAUCACCUAACUUCAAGACAUGUCUCGAUCACCAUCGCACGCAGUUUCGUCGAGCCGCACUCGAGCCAACGAAGCUCCUGUAUCGUCGAGCCGUAGCCGGGCGCUUGAUUCGACUGUUCAAUCCAGCCGCAGUCGAUCUCACGAUAUUCCCGUGUCAUCCAGCCGCAGCCGUGCCAAUGAUUCCACCGUGGGAUCCAGCCGAAGCCGAGCGGGUGAACAUACAGUGAUUGGAUCGGAGCAUCGACGUUCGCAGGCAUCGUCUUCAUCUCGUCGAGACGUUGAGACCGCUUCGAGGGGACAUUCGAGCAACUCACGCAGCAGCAACGACAUUGCAAGCUGCUUUGGUCGAUCUCGCGGGGGUGAGCUUACGCCAUACCAGGGCAGCUCUGUUGGCCGAUCGUCGCAUCAAUCAAACUCACAUAGCCACCCUCGAAAUGAUGAAGGCACUGUUGCACGUCGCGAACCGAGUCGCCGCUAUGAGGGAUCAGCACGCCUCGGUGAUGAGCUUGCUCGGUACCAUCCCGGCCAAGGUGCACAGCUCCAAGGAUCGCGAACCAAGAUUGAGAUCAAUCAGGGCAACCAGCAGAUCAAGAUUACAGUGGAGGAAGUGAAUGUACGCCAUUAAGAUUGAAUGUGGCAUACCAGGUGAGUCAAGGUAAGUAUGGGGUUCCUAGGACCCAGAGUCAAGGUGAGUCCAGUCCCUAGCACCAGCAACAGUGCUCCGUUCUCAAGGGAAAGAGGCAUCUCACGAUGGAGGUAUUGACAAGGGUGACUAAGUCUCACUUUGAGGCUGGAGUAUGGAGUAUGGAGUAUGGAGUUCUAGAAUCACCGAAAGACAGCUCGAAUCCAGCGGAUGCAAGCCAAGGUAAGAGUAUUCGGAUCUCGAGGCCCGCCAGAGAAUGAAUGCAAGGAGAGCCUUGAAGUACGACCGUGCUAGAUACUAGAGAUAGAAAUCUAAAAAAAA